UGCCGCGACAUCGGCAAACUUUUAUUUUCCUGCCUACCGUAGUCGAGUGAAUCGCGCGCGCGCACCGUACCUAUACCUACGCAUAACAGCCGCGCGGUAGGUUUAAUAGUCACGGUCGUCCACUGCCGUAUUACAUGAUAUUCAAUAUACAUGCGUAUGUAGACAGCACAAGACGCGCUGCAGUGUUCGUGAACGGUAUACGAGACCAUAUACCAUAUCGUAUCGCAGCAGUGGCCGAUACACGUACCUGUAUUUAUUAAAUAUAUAAUAAUUAUUAAUAGCCAUUAUUAUCGGCGACCAUGUUCAACGGGUAUUACGGGUCGACGUCGGAGAGCAGCGACAGCGACGCGCCGAUCGACGACGGAUCGUCCGUCAAGACGAUGGACCUCAACUACCUGUUGCUGGACGGCGACACCAUCCAAAAGCAUUUGGUCGACAUGUGCGAGCGCAGCCGGCCGGACGGCAUCGACACGAUGCUGCUCAACCACAACGCCAUGCUGUCCCUGCCGCCGGCCAUCAAUCAGUUCCAGCACCUCCGCGUGCUCGACAUUAGCAACAACCGGUUGACGCAUGUGCCCGACUUCGUGGCGCGGUUGCCGCUCACCACGCUGGUCGCCAAGAACAAUCUGAUCGACGACGACGGGUUCCCCAAGGAGUUCGGUUGUGCCGUCCACCUCAAGGUGCUCAACAUCAGCGGCAACCGGUUGUCGCACUUUCCCCAACAGCUGCUCUCGGUCACCACUCUCGAGUACCUGUACAUGGGCAGCAAUAAUCUGGUCGAGAUACCCAAAGAUAUCAACAAACUCAUCAGGUUGAAGUUCUUGUGUUUGGGCGGAAAUCAUUUGUCAGAUGUACCUGUGACAUUGGGUAUGUUGGAUAAUUUGAAAGCGCUUAAUUUGAGUGAUAACUCACUGGAGAGCUUGCCGCCGGCCAUUGCCAAUCUCAAACACCUAAAAUCGUUGAUGUUACACAAAAACAGACUUCGUACACUACCUAUAGAAAUCAUAUCAUUGAAGUGCCUCACAGAGUUAAGCCUGAGGGACAAUCCAUUGGUUGUGAGAUUCGUAAGUGAUAUGACACAUAAUCCACCAUCUUUACUCGAACUGUCUGCCAGAUCAGUGAAAAUUAACAAUGUACAAUAUGGAGAACGCGAUUUGCCUUACAAUUUGAUCGAAUACUUAUCGAGCGCACAUCAUUGUGUCAACCCUAAGUGUAAAGGUGUAUUUUUCGACGACAGAGUUGAACACAUUAAGUUUGUAGACUUUUGUGGCAAAUACCGUAUUCCGUUGCUACAGUACCUAUGUUCAUCAAAAUGUAUAGUUAACCACAGAAACAUACUUGGAGAUAGCACCGACAGCAAUAUGAUGAGAAAGGUUUUACUUGGGUAAAUCCGUAAAUAUUUUAAAAACAAAUAGGUACCUACUACAUAUUUAAUUUGAUAUAUAAUAUGUAAAUACCGAUAUUUAUACAUACAAGCCCCAAUUAUGGCUAUUCAAGGCCAAGGGUUAAAUUUUUCAAUAUAGGCAGAGUACACGAAAAAAAAUAUAAACUUAUACCUACCUGUGUAAUUUAUUUUUCGUAGAAUUAAAGAUUGAUGAAAGUUAUUAAAAAUAAAACAAUAUUUAUUAUAAAUAACUAUCAACUUAAAAAUUACAAAUAUUAUGUCAAUCAUAACAAUGUUGAUGAACAGUCACUACCUACCUAAUUAUUUUAUGAUUUCUAAUGGUAAAAAUAAUAGCUUUAUUGAUGAUUUAAAAGAGAAAUAAUUUUUCCUUAACUUGGACUUGUUUACAUAAUAUGUGAAUGAUAGUUAUCCUAUUAAAUUCAUUUAAUAAGAUUUAUCGGUUUAUGUUAUAACUAUAAAUAUACCAUUGUUUUGUUUUUGUUUAAAAAUUGUAUAUUUUUGUAGACAUAAUAUAUGAAAAUAUACCGAAUGGAAAAUCGACUGAUAUACGUUGUUUGGCAAAUAAAAACCAUUCCUGUUUAA